CAAGCGGGGGCAGAUGAACAAGAAAGAAUGGAAGUGGUUGCCACUUUGCUCAAGGCGUGAAACAGCAUAACAUUUUUUUUAAAUAUUCAACACCUUACUUUACACAGUUUCUGUACAGUCGCGCAAGACACACGAUUUGCGUCCUCAUCGGACUUAACACAGCGAAGCCCAAUGUCUAGGCCAAAGCCCAGCCUGUGCAACAAGUUUUAGAGGUGCCAGGGUGGAGACAGCAGAGAAGGACUACCAUCUAUCAGUGCGAGCCUUUGUCCCAUGACUUCGACUGCACCAUCCUUGUGCUGCCAGUGACAAGGGCUGGUGGUGGUGCCCAGCCCACGGGGCCUUCGUAUAGAUCUCCCCAGGCAUCCGCCAGCCUGUUCACACAAUGGAUCAGCAAAGAGACAAGUAUGGUGAACGACCUACAAGGAGCACCAAAGUUUCACAAGGAAACCGCAGCGGACAUUCUUCACGGCCCUCCGGUUCUUCCAGCUCCUCUGGGGUUCUUAUGGUGGGACCAAAUUUUCGUGUGGGCAAGAAAAUUGGCUGUGGCAACUUUGGCGAGCUGAAACUUGGUAAAAAUCUGUACACCAAUGAGUAUGUAGCUAUUAAAUUGGAGCCAGUCAAAUCAAGAGCACCACAGCUGCAUUUGGAGUACCGGUUUUACAAAACAUUGGGAAGUACAGCGGAAGGCCUACCCCAGGUGUUUUACUUUGGACCCUGUGGAAAAUACAAUGCCAUGGUUCUGGAGCUGCUGGGGCCCAGUCUAGAAGACCUUUUUGAUCUUUGUGACAGGACUUUCUCACUGAAGACCGUCUUAAUGAUAGCCAUUCAACUGAUCUCCCGGAUGGAGUAUGUCCAUUCUAAAAACCUCAUCUAUAGAGAUGUCAAACCUGAAAACUUUCUUAUUGGGCGACAAGGGAACAAAAAGGAGCACAUUAUCCACAUCAUCGACUUUGGGCUUGCUAAGGAAUACAUUGACCCCGAAACUAAAAAACACAUACCAUACCGGGAACACAAGAGCUUGACUGGCACUGCCCGAUACAUGUCCAUCAACACACAUUUGGGCAAAGAGCAAAGCCGGCGAGAUGACCUUGAGGCUUUGGGUCACAUGUUUAUGUAUUUCCUCCGUGGAAGUCUACCUUGGCAAGGCCUAAAGGCUGACACAUUAAAAGAACGAUAUCAGAAGAUUGGAGAUACAAAAAGAAAUACUCCCAUUGAGGUCCUUUGUGAAAACUUCCCAGAGGAAAUGGCCACCUACCUGCGUUAUGUGAGACGAUUGGACUUCUUUGAAAAGCCUGACUACGAAUACCUGAGGACUCUGUUCACGGAGUUGUUUGAGCGGAAAGGAUACAGUUUUGAUUACACUUAUGACUGGGUUGGCAGGCAGAUACCCACUCCUGUUGGAUCUGUCCACAUAGACUCUGGACCAUCUGCCAUCACAAGAGAGAGCCAUCCUCACAGAGACCGACCGUCACAGCACCAACCAAUGAGGAAUCAGACAGCAGCCUCUGACCGACGAGGAGCAUGGGAGGUGCAGCCCAGUCGCCAGGCAAACUCCUCCUAUCUGACCUCCCACCUGGCAGCGGACAGGCAUGGGGGCUCAGUGCAGGUGGUCAGCUCGACCAACGGGGAGCUGAAUGCAGAUGAUCCACUAGCAGCCCAUUCCAACGCACCAAUUGCAGCUCAGGCAGAGGUGGAAGUGGUGGAUGAAGCUAAGUGCUGCUGCUUCUUCAAGCGGAAACGGAAGAAGAACACUCCGCGACACAAAUGAUCUUCCACUGGCCUGAAACACACACCAAGUGUGUGGCUCAGUCGAUUGUGAUUUCAAAAAUAGAGAUGGUCCCAUUCAGAGGAAAAGGGAGAUAUCCAAAAGAUCUUAAUUGAAUCGUUCACUGUGGGGACCACUUAAAAUUGUUUGUUGAAAUGUACUUGAGAUGCGUAUGUGUCUUUUUGAUGGGAGUCUCUUUUUUUAUUUUCUCUCCAUGAUGCAUGGGAAUAUUUAGCAGGCCAAACAGGUGUGAUUGGAAUCCUUCAUGUUGGGAUUUUGCAGAGGAAAAUGGGGAUCUUUACAAGAGGCAUUCG